AUCGAAUCAACUCUCACUCUCGCUUUUUACGAUCCUGAAUAUCACAUCUCUUUCGAAAUCAAGAUGAUACACGAUAAGAAAGUUAGUUUGAAGAAGAAUCGAAUUUCUUCUAGAUUCAUAAUCUUCACAAUCGUUUUGUUUGGUGGCUUAGUCAUCUUAUGUACCCAAUGGCGUCUUCAACAAAAAUGGUCAUUCGAUAGUAAUAAAUCAGUAUCAUCAAUAACAAUAUCAAAAUUCAUUCAAGAAUCUAAUUGUCCUAAAACUUUAUCUUAUAGAAUGGGUAAAAAACAUGGAUUUGGUUCUGAAUUCUCUUUAUAUCUUAGAAUCGCUGCAAUUGCAUUCAAGUUAAAUUAUACUUUGAUUGUAGAAGAUUCAGAUUGGAAUUAUGGUCGACUUGAAGAUUAUUUUAAUAAGACUACUGCGACAUUAAAUUAUUCGAAUUCAUGUUUUAAGGAAUCAGAUAAUUUUCAAAUCAAUCCUGAACUAGAAAAAUCUAUAUGGCCAGCUAGUUGGAUUAAUAACAAACAUGUUUAUUUACCACGUGAAAUUGAUUAUAUUGAUCAACUUUUUCUUGCUUUAUUUGUUGAUCAGAGUCAAUUAUCAGAAAUGCAUCAAGAGGAAAGAAAGAAUUCGAAGAGGAAUGAACUUUUGAGUGCUUAUGGAACCCUUCCGACUACCUUUGAACAGGCUUUUCUUGCUCAAGUUGAAGUGAUGAAUCGGAUUUGGAUUCCUCGUAAUGAAUUGGCUCAAGAGAUAAAGGAAGGUGAAGAAGCUUUAGAAGAACUUCGAGUCAAUCAAUCUACAGUCAUCAUUGGGCUACAUCUUAGGUUAGGAGAUAAAGUUCACGAGUUAUCAAAUUAUAAAGUUGGGAUGACUAUCGAACUGAAAGCUGAUCAAGGACAACUUCGAUCAAGAGAUAAUGAGCCACCUUCAACAAACAAACUAGCAGAUGCAUGUUUUGAUGCAGCUGAAUCUCUUUUAUCCCAAAUUCGACAAACAAGCAAUUCUACUCUACAAUCACUUCCGAUUCUCAUAGUAAUGAGUGAUGAUCCUGAUGGAAUUGAAUUAAUUCAAUCAGUCGAACGUUCAAAACAAUGGAAAAUAAUGACAGUGUCAUCACUUUUAGAUAAAUCAUCAGAUUUAUCCAAAUUUCAAGACUUACAUCAAUCAAGUUUUUCUACAAAACUUAAAAGACAUUCAUCAAAAUCGUUUCAUAGAGUUGGAUUUCAUGAAUCUGUUUUUAAUCAAUUACCAUUAUCUAAACGGAUUACUCAAACUCGAAAGUUUAUCAUUGAAUUAACUUUGCUUGGUCGUUUAUCGGAUGGUAUUAUCUUUACUGGUAGUUCAAAUGUUAGCAAACUAUUUGGAUUGCUUGGAAACGAAAAGAGAUUGAUGGAAAGAACUAUGAGAUCACUUGAUGUUCGAUGGCACCCUACCGCUCGGUACACCCGGUGAUGAAUUUUAACCCCAAAUGAACAAAGUUUUCCCACUAACACACUUUCAUCUACGUUCGACGACGUCAACAGACAUUUUUCAACCCAGCAUCGCAAGAUUUCUCAAUCACUCUCAAGCAUGAAGGCUUCUAUUCAUACAAGAGUCAUGGUGACCAACACAGCUAUUUAUAUUUCAGAGGAGCUGAGAUUUCAAUACCACAAUAUAUAGAUUUACUUGUGAUACCACCUCUAGAUUACACUCAUAACAUACCUUUUUUUCUUCAUAUACUGUCUACAUCAUGGAAACAAAUCAUGUGCAGAUAAAACAACUCAUCAAUCAAUCAUCUAUGAUCAUAUAUGUCAAUUUUCUAUCUGGACUUAUCUUUUCGAUUCCGUAAGAAAAAAUAUCUUUUCGACUUGUUUUUUGGAGUCAUUCUCUCAUCUCAUUUUAUUGUUGUAAUCUAAUUGUCAUCAUCAUGUGGCAAAUAUUCAGCAAAAUUCUGAAGGGCUUUUUACCAUGUGAGACCAUUUUUGGCGAAAUGAUUAGCUCAUGUAUGAGUACUUUGACGAGU